AUGUGGCAGGAAACGGAAAUGGUGUUGUACGCGUUUCACGCCCCGGGUUUGCUCGACGAACUGGUGUGCCGGAAAGGCCUCGGACGAGAAGACACGGAGACUGAGCCUUCGUCGGUCGACUCAGUAACACUGAAGUUUCCUGAUUUGGCCGUGGCUGACGAUAGGGAUGAUAUGGCCGUCGCCCAAGCCGUUGAUCCAAGUGUGGAUGUCGCCGCGCUGAACCAGCAUCAAGCGGAGGUUAAAGCUGCGGCUGAGAAUGCUGGUCAGGACGGCGAAGAUUCGGGCGACGACGCAGACGCCGAGGAUGGUGAAGAAGCGGACGGUGAUCAGAACGGCAGUGAUACCAGUGGUUCGUUGGAUACACAAACGGAUGGCGAUUCUCCCACUGAUCACUCCACUAGUUCCGAAACCAGUGAGGAAACCAAAGCCGGAUGGGAGCAUCUUCAACGCAUUAAAGCAGAACGCCGGGUUCGCUUCAGCAGUCUAAUCGGAUCUAUUAAGCGCAAGUUCGAUGAAAUAGACGAAGAGGCCGGAAGUAGUGCGGAGAAACCGGAGGCUGUCAGCAUUUUCCAGCCCCUAUCUACAAAUACUAAGCCAAUGGACAAGAAAGAUGAUGAUUCUCAUUCGGACAGCGAAAACGAGCGUGAAAUGCGGAUUUUCGAAGAUUCGCUUAUUAUUUAUUCGGACCAAGAAGAUGUACCGAUGCCCGAUUUUGAGCACCCGCAUAUCUUGCCGAAAAAGUCUGCUGCAGAAGUCGCAAUGGAGGAAGCGGAUGUUAGCGACUUAGUGGAUUUUGCUGAUGAACAGCCAGAGGAAGAAGAACAGUCUCAGCUGUGCGUCGAUGACGACGAGCAAGCGGAAAAUGUUCCAGCAGUAGCGGCAGUGGUGCAGAUGCAAGUUGUCGUCGAACAGCAGGAAGAAGAGCCACGCUCGGAGGAGUUGCAAGUUGGACAGCUGACACCAGUCCGCAGCCCCAUUUUGGAUAAUCGUGGUAUUUUUCCUCUCAACCCAUUUUUGCCAUCGAUUUUUAUCAAAUCGGCAUAG